CUACAGAGAUGGAGUGGAAAGUGACUUCGCGGACAUUAUAUUGGCUGAGUUCGAUGGCUGUUUUAGUUGUUAUUGUCUCCACGUAUGUAUUUAUGGAUCUGGCUACCAAGCAUCGUAUGUAUGUAAAGGUCGGACAUAAACCAUUUUAUCUUGAACAAUGUCUUCCGAAUUUGAGUUGUGCCUCUGGACAGACCUUUACAAAAAGAGAUGAACUCAGAAAUAUCUCUUCAUCAAACGGACCUGGUGACGCCGAAGUGGAUUUUGAGCUUUCAUCUCUCACAGAGGACGGCCGGGCUCAUGACACUUUCGAUAUAGGUGAGAGAUUAUUACCAACUGUUGACGAUGGAAAUGCUGCAGAGGAAGUCGAUACUGUUUCGGCUUUAGAUAUGAAAAAUGGUUUCUCAGAAGAUGUGAGGUCAUUAGAUCAAAACAUCGGCUACGGAUACGACCCUCAAGUCUACGUUGAUCUUUACAAGAAUAUGACGAUCAAUGAUGUCUCUAAGAAGACAACCGAUUCCCCUCCAGUCAUCAUCAUCAUGGCCCAAUGGCGGUUCGGAUCCAGCGUCUUUGGGGAGCUUUUCAAUCAGAAUUCUGAUCUGUUUUACUUAUUUGAGCCAUUGUAUACAACUACUAAAUUAAGAAAACAGAAAGGUAUUGGAUUGUUUACGCCCGAGAGUCAGCAAAUGUCCAGGAAUAUCUUGCGUAAAUUAUCAAGGUGCCAGUUUGAUCCUGAUUUUGUUAAAAUAUUAGAUGGCUGGAACGGGAAAACCAAGAACAAAGCAUUAUGCAAGGCAUCGGGGAAGUGUAGGAUAAUAUCACCGAGCUGGAUGAGUGGUUUGUGCCGGAAGUAUAAAGGCCGAGUUGCUUCGAAGCUGAUCCGAGUUGAUCUAGAACUUCUAAGACCACUGGUGGUGGACGAUAAUAUCAAUCUGAAGAUCAUCCAUUUAGUUCGUGACCCUAGGGGCUCUGCAUUGUCCAGGAUCAAAUACAAGCUCAGUUUAUCGGGGAAAAUAUCUCCGAUAGUUCGUUCUCAAUUCCCUAAACAUGGACGAUUGAAGCCUUUCAACCUUUUCAGCGUUACUCCAGAAACCGGACAGACUGUUCGAGGAAUGUGCAAGUGGAUCAGAAAGAACGCAGUUGUUUCGCCUGAUCUUCUACCCACUUGGUUGCAAAGUCGUUACUACCUCGUCAGGUAUGAAGACUUUGCAGACACUCCCCUGAAGGUCACCCAAGACCUCUACAGGUUCGUCGGAAUUCCUUUUAAAAAGGAGGUUCAGGAUUGGGUGAUAAAGAAUACACGUGAGACAGUCAGAAAAAAUGAUUUGUUUUCAACUCACAGGAAUUCCCAAGUCGCAGCUACACAUUGGAUCAAAGAUCUUACUGAAAUGGAAGUCGGGCAGAUUGAGGAGGAAUGCAAGGAUGUUUUAGAACUAAUGGGUUACGAACCAUAUAGCCAACUGAUUCACCAGGAAAAAUCAACGAGAUAAUUAUUGAACUGAUCUAGGUCAUUGUAUUGACAAACCAUUACUGUAUCAAUCAUAACUUCUUCUACGCGGCUUCCAUUCUCUCCUCUGUUUCUAGCACACACUCUCUCUCUCUCUCUCUCUCCCACCCCUCUAG